GGACACCCUGUAUAAUGAACGUUUAUGCUAAAAUAAUUGGAUUAUAAUUGGCUUAUGUGGGGCUGCUAUUUAUAAGCCUAUUUCGCUAUAUGAGUCAGCUUUGACAUUGAAAAUUAAGUUUCCUAUUCAAGGACCAUUCUGGGGAAAGUGAGCAUGUGAAAUUGUUAAUAAGAAACUUGGGAAUGUGCAGGGGCGCUGCACAGUUUUAGAGAAUCACCCAAGAGAUUAAUUAGCAAACCAAAUUGGAGCAGAAAUUUCGAGGAAAAUUGAAGAUUUAUAGCCCUAUUGCAUGCUACACCUUGCUUUUAAAGAAAUAUUACAUUUUUAAAUUACAGUAGGGUCUGGAUGUUUUUGGCUCGAUGGAAAUCGGGCCACUGCAUGCAGUCGCGCCAUGAUUCUUCUAAUAAUACAGGCGAAAACUUAUAUAAAAAAUGAAAUCAUGUCAUCCGUUUGAGGACAAAUGUGCUGUUUAAACAUUCAUGCGGAUCCUUUUGCUCUUGCAACCUGCUAGUGGCUCUUUGGGGCAUGGAAAAGAAAAUAAGCCUAAGUGGAGUUGAUCCUAAUGCUUCAGCCGAUCGAUCUCCACUAAUGCAUUUUCAAAACGUUGUGGCAUUUGGUGCAAGAAAUCCACGACCCUUUCCAGGCUUCUUUUGUUUAAGACCCUGGCACAUUCACGCCAAUGGCAGCGCGAAUUCAAGCGCGUUGCCCUGGCAACCAAACUUGUUUCUUGACAUCGGACAGAUAAAACGGCUUAGCUGCACCAAUGUAUUUUCUAAAAUUUGGGAUUACAAAAAUUAGAUAGUUGGGUAUGGCACGGUAUUUUUUAAAACCGUUAGCAGCAGUAGACCGCAAAAUGGUCUCAUCAUUUCCACUUAAAGUCACACAACCACACAGGAAUAAUUGGGGCUUGUUCAAGAAACAGCAUCAUUAGCAGAGCUUAGGCACAGCACUGAAAAUCAGUGGGGCUUUUGAACAGCUAAGAAGUGGAUGUGUUCAAUUUAAACCAUGCCUGUGAAUUACGAAUUGGACAAUGGAAUCUCCGGUCUCCAUCCAAAUGCGAUGAAAAUUCCAGAAAACAUUCCCAUUGUGGAUGGACACCAACAUUACAAAUUUCCACCGACGUUUAACCAUUAUGGAACCACUGGGUGAGCAUUUUCAGCAGUUUUCCAACGCAAGACGAUCAGAAAUUAAUGCGAUUUUUAGGAGCUACCUUUACAAAAAAGACCGAGAAAAGCGCAGCAUUGGACUGAGUGUUUUGACGUUGUUGUCCUUUCUGUUUUUCCUGCAUAUCCUGCAAAGCUGCUUGCAAGAACAACUGGACAAUUCAAAUGCACAAACGCCAGUUGUGAUUAUGCAGGCUAAACUGGAGAGUGGUGAUGAACCGAAAACUGCAGCGUGGGGAAAACUCGAAAAGAACGUUCAGAAAGGUGCCAGCGACAUCAAGAAGGCGUCCUCAUUUGAAAAGGGCUCCACAGUAGUAGUCUGAACAGAAUAAAUAGAAACAUAAAAUGUUUAAACGAUAAUUGUAAUUGUCUCUGGUCAGUUUCCACGCAAGUUCACUCGACCCUUCCUCUAAUGUCCACCUGAGCCGUAAAAUAUCAAUUUUAACAUAAACUAGUUUACGUGACCCUAUUCCAUGGCUAACUCGCUAGCGCCGAAGGUGUUCUGCGAAAUACAAAAUAAUCGAUAUCCAGUUAGAUGCAUACAACUACUUGAUUCCUAAAGUUAAAUCGGUUUUCUUGUUCAUUGCUUUAGUGAACGGAAAGGCAGUGAAAUGUAGAAAUUGCUUUGUGCACCAUGGAGGAUCAGCUCCUAAUUUGACAAUCAUAUUGAAAGUAUGUUGUAGCUAGAAUUUUAGAACUUUAUUGUAAAUAUUUUGUAUGCGAAUACUCUAAUAGUCAAUGCCUUAGAUUCUGCCAUUUAUAAGUUAAAUAUUUUGGUCACUGAAGCUGCUUUUUAAGUCACUUUGGUGGACAAUGUUCAUGAAAGUCUUCAUAUUUUUUUGAGAUUGACAGGGCAAAUUGGGUUGUUAAACCUUGCAAAACGGGAGUUUAGUUUGAAAACAUAAUCGAGACUGCUACGCAUGUAUUGAUUUUUUUAAUUUGCGAAAAUGGCAAUGGAUGAGCAAGAAGUUCUGCUAAAUUCAGCUCCCGUUACCACGACCUGUACGCCAUUGUUGUUGGAAAAUCCCCCAAAAUGGGGAGAAGCGGGCCGCUAUGCGACAAAACAGCAUCGGAAAAUAGCAGGACGGGCCACAUUUCAAGGGCAAGUUUACAACUUUUUGGAAAGGCCGGACAAUUGGAAGUGCUUCAUGUAUCAUAUCGUAGUAUUUAUUUUGGUGCUAGUUUGCUUAAUAUUUAGUGUUCUAUCGACAAUCGAUUCUUACUCAAAUUUCGCGAAUGAAACGCUAUUUUGGAUGGAGAUAUACUUAGUGAUAUUUUUCGGGGCAGAAUACAUUGUGCGCCUCUGGUCAGCUGGUUGUCGGUCCAAGUAUAUGGGCUUCUGGGGCCGUUUCAGAUUCAUCAGAAAGCCCAUCUGCAUCAUCGAUCUGAUCGUGGUGAUCGCUUCCAUGGUGGUGCUCACUCUGGGCUCCAAUGGGCAAGUUUUCGCCACCUCCGCCAUACGUGGGAUCAGGUUCCUGCAAAUCCUGCGAAUGCUGCACGUCGACAGGCAAGGGGGAACAUGGAGACUGUUGGGCUCAGUUGUCUACAUCCAUCGGCAGGAGCUGAUCACCACACUCUACAUCGGAUUUUUGGGCCUGAUAUUCAGCAGCUACUUCGUUUAUCUGGCAGAAAAGGACGCCAAUCCGGAGGGAGAAGGCAAAAACACGGGCGACUUCGCCAGUUAUGCAGACGCAUUGUGGUGGGGCAUCGUCACUCUUACCACCAUUGGCUAUGGGGAUACAGUGCCGAGGACCUGGAUGGGCAAAAUUGUCGCGGCAGUCUUUAGUGUGUUUGCCAUAUCGUUCUUUGCUUUGCCGGCUGGCAUUCUGGGCUCGGGGUUUGCCCUCAAAGUGCAACAGAAACAGCGACAGAAGCACUUCAACAGACAAAUUCCCGUCGCCGCCAUGCUGAUUCAAUGCUUGUGGCGCUGCUGUGCCGCCGAGAAGAGCUUCAAUUCCAUUGCAACAUGGCAGGUUUACCUGAGGGACAAUCAACAGGUAAUAAAGAAAAUCUCAGUUCUGAAGCGAAUGCGAUCGCGAAACAAAAUGGAAAACCUGGCAGCUUCCUUGUCGAACUUUUCGGUACAUACGAAUCCCCGGGACUCGGGGGGUAACGAACUGGUCCAGUGCAUAUCGGAAAGCGACAUCGCCUACUGCAGAGACGAUCAACCUGCUGGACGGCAUUUAGGGCCGUCCUUCCGCCGCCUGGAUCGCGCAGUCUUUGUGGCUCAGAACAGCACAGCUACAGACGCGCCUUCAGAUGAAGUGGACGACGACAACGAACUGCCCAGAGUCACCCAAUUGACAGACGCGCAUAAAAACGCAAUUAGAGCAAUCAGGAAAAUCAAGUAUUUUGUGGCAAGACGCAAAUUCCAACAGGCCCGCAAACCCUACGAUGUCCGCGAUGUGAUUGAGCAGUACAGUCAGGGCCACUUGAAUAUGAUGUGGAGGAUUAAGGAGCUUCAAAGGCGACUGGAUCAGUCUCUGGGCAAGCCUGGCACGUAUACGGGGGGCGUUGAUAAAGGGGGACAUAAAAAGUCGAUGACUGUAGGCGCCCGGCUGUACCGAGUAGAGCAACAGUUAUGCGAACUGGACAAAAAGCUGGACUCAAUCGCGGAAGUGCUCUCGAAAGUGGAGCUCAAGCAGCCCGAUCCUGUUCCAGUUUAAAUACCAUUUAUUUAGUGCGAAAUGCAUGCACAUCUUUAUGGCAAAACC